ACUCCCCGCCGCUCCACACACAGCGCUGCACUUUGCCGCCGAAUUUCAUCUGAACCUGCUCCACGAGCUCUGCUAGCUUGACUGCUCUGAGGGCUUUCAUGUUGAUUUUUAAUCUCCUUUUUCUCCUCCGACACACACUGGACCGUCAGACAUUUUCCACCUUCAAAACACUUGUGACCAACAAGUCUAUACUUGAACUGGACAGCUAAACUUGUCCAUGUGUUUUUUUGUUUUCUUUUUGUACCUUGUUUUUUUUUAACCGUAUAAUGUCGUCUUUGCCAGGAACGGUACCGCGAAUGAUGCGCCCAGCUCCCGGACAGAACUAUCCCCGUACCGGAUUCCCUCUGGAAGUGUCCACUCCUCUGGGCCAGGGACGGGUCAACCAGCUCGGCGGGGUCUUCAUCAACGGCCGGCCGCUGCCCAAUCACAUCCGACACAAGAUAGUGGAGAUGGCUCACCACGGGAUCCGGCCCUGCGUCAUCUCCCGGCAGCUGCGGGUCUCUCACGGCUGCGUCUCCAAGAUCCUCUGCCGCUACCAGGAGACCGGCUCCAUCCGGCCCGGAGCGAUAGGAGGCAGCAAGCCCAGGCAGGUAGCCACGCCGGACGUGGAGAAGCGGAUAGAGGAGUACAAGCGGGACAACCCCGGCAUGUUCAGCUGGGAGAUCCGGGAUAAGCUGCUGAAGGACGGUGUGUGUGACAGAAGCACAGUCCCUUCAGGUGAGGCCUCCUCUGUGAGCUCGAUCAGCCGUGUUCUCCGAGCUCGAUUUGGAAAAAAGGACGAGGAGGACGAGUGUGAUAAAAAGGAUGAGGACGGAGAAAAGAAAACCAAACACAGCAUCGACGGCAUCCUGGGCGACAAAGGCAGUCGGAUGGAUGAAGUGUCAGACGUGGAGUCGGAGCCUGACCUCCCCCUGAAGAGGAAGCAGCGCAGGAGUCGAACCACGUUCACGGCGGAGCAGCUGGAGGAGCUGGAGAAGGCUUUUGAAAGAACCCACUACCCUGACAUCUACACCAGGGAGGAGCUGGCCCAGAGGACCAAACUCACCGAGGCCCGGGUUCAGGUGUGGUUCAGCAAUCGAAGGGCCAGGUGGCGAAAACAAGCAGGAGCCAAUCAGCUAGCAGCAUUCAACCACCUGUUGCCGGGUGGAUUUCCUCCCACAGGAAUGCCGACACUUCCUACAUACCAGCUGCCAGAGUCCAGCUACCCAACCAACACUCUGUCCCAAGACGGUGGCGGUACAGUCCACCGCCCCCAGCCAUUACCUCCGUCAACUAUGCACCAGGGUAGUCUGUCCAGCACUGACAGCAGCUCGGCCUACGGUCUGACCUCCAACCGCCAUGGCUUCUCCAGCUACUCCGACACCUUUAUGAGCUCUGCACCUAAUAACCAUGUCAACCCUGUCAGCAACGGACUCUCCCCACAGGUGAUGAGCAUCCUGAGUAACACCAGCGGUGUUUCCUCACAGCCGCAACACGACUUCUCCAUCUCACCGCUCCACAGCGCCUUGGAUUCCUCUCCGUCCAACGCCAUCUCAGCCAGCUGCAGCCAGCGUUCAGCCGACGCCUCCAUUAAGACGGUGGACAGCCUCCCGUCAUCUCAGUCCUACUGCCCCCCCACAUACAGCGCCACCAGCUACAGCGUGGACCCAGCUGUGGCAGCCGCCGGCUACCAGUACAGCCAGUACGGCCAGACUGCUGUGGAUUAUCUGGCCAAGAACGUGGGCCUGUCCAGCCAGCGCAGGAUGAAGCUCACCGACCACUCGGCUGUACUGGGACUGCUGCAGGUCGAGACGGGCCAGGCCUACUAGUACUCACCCGACAUAUUUAAACAACAUGGCACCUGGUCACCAGCACAACCCACACCUCCUGCUACCAUCCAUACGAAUCUCCCAGCGAGCAUGUGUGUGUGUGUGUGUGUGUGUGUGUGUGUCUACUGACUAUACAUGGGCCUGAUAUUUAGCUUUUUUAUUCUUUAUUCUCCGAGGUUUAAGGAGUGACUGAUCCGAGCUUUCAGCAUUCCCCACGGGACCAAAUCCACAUGAAGUGUGUGUUUUUUAAUUUUUAUAUGUUGUUCAUAUUGCAUCAAACUUUGUACACAGCCUCAGUGUGUCUAACUUUACUGGAUAUAUAUCUAUAAAUUAGUGAUAUAAACAAUUAGAAUGUGAACAUUGAAACACUGAAACAAAAGGAAAGCAGCUACAUCUCUCCUUCCUCUUCUUCUUCAUCGGAGCAUUCAGACUGAACAGUCACAGCUUUUUAACAGUUUCAACUCACAUGGACGUGUUUUACUUAAAUUCCCGACACCCGGAGUGAAUUCACAUGUUUGCAUCCAUCAUGUUGUUGAAACUGACAUUAAAUGAAAUUUUGCACUUUUAAAAUUUCCUCCAUGUUGAGUCAACACAGCCUGGUAGCUCUACUGGGCCUCCUCCUCCUCCUCCUCCUCCUCCUCCUCACCUUCUUUGACUUUUAUUCAUUGACAUAUGUUUCUGGUUUUGUUGUCAGACAACUGCACCAGUGAUUUGACUGUGGCUCAUGUACCUCAAAUCUGAGUGAGUUGUACUCCUGAGCAACAAAAACAGGACUCUCGGCUGCUUUUUAAACAGUUUUUAAGGGUUUUUUAAAAUCACCUUGAGAGGAAUUCAUUCUGGAUCAAUACUUUCUAAUCUGAACUUUAUAGAUACUGACUAUCAGCAUUGGCAUUGGCAGAUAUUGGCAGCUUACAAAGAGAAACCAUGUAUCAGCCUAUAGGAACGUGUGUGUGUGUGUGUGUGUGUGUGUGUGUGUGUGUGUGUGUGAGGGAGAUGAACACCUCUUUAGCAGACUGAUGCGGAUUCAUUCAGCCAUUCCUGAAGAGACGUUUCUGUUGUGACUCUGCAGUCCUUCUUAUCAGCAACAAGACCUUGUGAGGAGCUUUGGUCAUAGUUGGAGGUCAAACAAGCUCCUGACUGAGCAGCUGACAUGCAGCGUGAGGAUCAAACCCCCCCCCGCUGGGUUGAAACUGGACAUUUCUCCAGGCAGUUUGGUACCAAUCAUUACGAUCCUAUUCUUUCUUUUCAUUUCUUCUGAUUCUUGUUGAUUUAAUGUCUACUGCAUUCAUGUAUCAUUGAGAAACAACCACUGGGUAGUACUAUGGCAAGCCCACUUUCCAUGAAAUCACACAGAGCUUCUCAUAAUCUGCCCGUGACAACUAAACUAUGGUUGAUUAUUGGUUGAAGAUACAUUCCCUAAUUUUGCUGUGUCUGUGUUUGUGCUGAAAUCCUAACAUUUCCUCUGAGCUCACUGUUGUUGUGUUGAAACUCACCACGUUUAUAUAGUGCUUUAAUCCAAAGCGCUUCACGAUGUUGUUCCUGCUUCUCACACUCACACACCAGUGGCGGCACGUCACCGUGCAGUAAUUAGAGGUUCAGUAUCUUGCUGAAGGACACUUGGACAUGUGGACUGGGGGGGGGUCAGGGAUG